CGGUGAAAGUGUGGAGGCGGCCAACUCGCCAUUUUUCCUCCCCAUAGAAGAAGUGCAAAUGCUCGCUCCCCAAAUGUGUGGCAUCGCUCGGGCAAUCAAAAUCCACUCACAACCGCCGAGGAUGGUUUAGUGCGAGGGACUCUUGUUUCGCUGGGACGAUCUCGGGAAAAGUGUGCCUGUGAAGAGGAGAGAAAAUAAAAAGAGCAGGGGAGGCGAAAUCGCAGUGUGGCCUGAAUUUUUGUUCACGGGACAGUUGAAGCCGAGUGAAAGAGAGGAAAAUCACGCCAUUGACAUUUUCUCCGUUUGCGCGACUGUGUUGUAAUUGGGUGUGUGGGGUGACAAAAUGCAGCCUCCGCCGAGAAAGGGCAACUACACCAAGUUCCUCAAGAACCUGCAUGCCGAGCAAGUGGCGAAGCUGCAUCUCAAGAACCAGCAUGAGUGCGAUUUGCUGGAGGACAUUCGCCUCUUCACCAUCAAGCGCUCGGCCAUCGAGAAGUCCUACAGCGAGGCGCUGCUCAAGAUCUCAUCGGCGUAUCUCAACAAGAAGAUGCCCAACAUCCCGGACAUUAAGAUGGAGGGAACGGAGGAGAAAUGGAAUAUGUGGAGCGUGUGGCGAACGGUGCUGGAGGAGAAUGAGAAGCUGGCCAGAGCGCGAUUGGCGGCCAUUGAGGUGUUUCAGCAGCAGAUCGCGGAUGAGGCGAAAAUGCUGCGCGACUACAAGCUGGCCAUCAGCAAAAAAUGCGUGAAUCAGCUGGCCAAUAUCCAGAAGGAGGUGCAGAACACCGUGAUGCGCGUGGACACGACGAAGAAGCAGUACUUCGAUGAGGAGCACAGUGCUCAUGAUGUGAGGGACAAGGCGCGCGAUAUUGAGGAGAAGCUGAAGAAGAAGAAGGGCUCCUUCUUCCAAUCCAUCACGUCGCUGCAGAAGAACAGCGCCAGAGUGACGUCGCGCAAGGAGCAGCUGGAGGAGAGAUCAUCUGGGGCGAGGAAUGACUAUCUGCUGAGUCUGGCGUCGGCCAAUGCACACCAGAAUCGCUACUUCACCGUGGAUCUGCAGACCACGAUGACCACAAUGGAGAACUACGUGUACGAGAGGAUAGCCGACUACCUGAUGCUCAUGGGACGCACGGAGUUGCUCACGUGCUCAGCCACGCAGCACAGCUUCGGGAAGAUCCGCGACCAGGCGCAGCAGCUCACCAGGGAGUACAAUCUGCAGUGCUGCUACCUGUUCUAUCCCGUGCUCAAGCAGCACAUUCAGUAUGAAUUUGAGAAUUGCGAGAAUGAUCCCAUCACCAAGAUCACGGCGGAACACGAAUCGGCGGCGGCGAAUCUGAGCCGCGAGGCGAAGAUCAUGGCCAGCAGAAUUGUGCGAGAGAACACCAAUAUCAAGGAGUAUGUGAAGAAGCUGGCCAUCUGCCAGGCGCUCAGGGAUGCGGGCCAGCGAGUAGAUCCGCAAGAUCCCCACGGAGUGGAUCUGGAGACGAAAAUGGAGGACUUCCGGGAGUGCGUGCGCAAGGCUGAAACUGAGAAGGCCAAAGCCGAGGCGUGCAUCGAGAGUCUGCGACAGGGUGGCGUGAAUGUGGAUGAGUGGAUGCAGGAGGCAGAGACGCUGGGCAUUCAGGAGAUUCAUCGCUCCAACAGUGAACUCUCGAUGCGCACAGACGCCUCGGGACAGGGAGAGCAGCCCAGUUCGGACAGCUUCUACGAUUCUGACGGCGAGGAAGUGCAGCAACAGCAGCAGCCGAAGAUUUCCCAGCCAUCGACAUCUCAGGCAGUGGUGACGGCCGUGGAUCAGGAAGAGGAGCUCUCGCAGGCAGAAUCCGUGCCUGAUCACGCCGAUGUGGACGCAAUGCUGGAGCAGGAGCGCCAGAAGAUUGAGCAGCUGACCGCGGGCUGGGAUGAUCCCACUCAGGUGGAUUGGGGCGCCGAGGGAGCGGGCAGUGCAGUCCCAGCCCAAACGGGUCCUGUGUUCAAGUGCACCGCUCUCUACUCGUACACAGCUCAGAAUCCAGACGAGCUGACCAUCGUGGAGAACGAGCAGCUGGAGGUGAUUGGCGAGGGCGACGGCGACGGGUGGCUGCGGGCGAGGAACUAUCGUGGCGAGGAAGGAUACGUGCCGCACAAUUAUCUGGAUGUGGAGCGCGACGAGUUGAGUGACUCCAGUCAGCAACAGGCACUGGCCACGCAGAUCUCCUUCUCCUCAGUGGACUACACGGUGGACAAUGAGGAACCGGACGCGUACCAGGACUCGGCACAGUCACCCGACCAAGUGUCUGUGAUCUCGGCGCCCGUGAAGCCCAAACCCACGCCCGGAAUCAUGUACUGCAUCGCCCUGUACGACUACGAUGCCACGGCGGAGGAUGAGCUGACCUUCGAGGAGGGACAGAUCAUCAAGAUCACCACGAAGAGCGCCCAUGGGGUGGACGAUGGGUGGUGGGAGGGCGAAUUGGAUGGGAAGCACGGCAACUUCCCAUCGCUAGUCGUUGAGGAGUGCGAUGAGAAUGGCGAUCCGCUGACUGAGGGCGAGGAGGAGCCCGAGGACUCCCCAAUGACGCCGCCAUCAGCACCAGAAGCCCUCCGGCAGCUUCCCGUUCCCGCUCCACCGCCCACUUUCGAGGCUUUCUCUUCAUACGAUACCGAGCCUGAUCAGGCGCCUCCGCCCUCACAACCACCCCCACAACCGCCCCAGAACCUCGACAUGGACUUCUCGAAAGGACACCCUAAGCAAUACGGCGCCGGUCCGCCUCCAGUGUUGGUUCUGGAGCCUGAGGGAGAAUCAUCUGGAGAUACGACAAGAGACGCUGGUGAUGGAUCUGGGCUGAAUGUGGUUCAUGUCACUGUCACGGCCGCCACGCCGAUGGCUGAGCAUCCCGAGAUGACUUUCCCGCCGGUGGAGGAGGAUGUCGAGGCGGAGGAGGCUGAGGAGGCGGAAGCCAAGGAGAGCAAGAGUCCAGAAACACCCCCGAAGGCUGAGGAGAAGGAGGAAGGAGAAGAGGAGGAAAAGGAUCUCCCACCGCCGCCUCCGCAAGUGGAUGAGUCUGAGGAGCUGGAUGACUUCGGUGAGGACUUGCCACCGCCAUCUGAGAAGCCUCCGGACGCCAUUCCCCCUCCCGAAUCCGAUCCCUUUGGCGCCGAUGGGCAGUUCGAGGCGAACUUCGAGGCUGACUUCUCGGCCAACUUCGAGGAUGCGUUUGCCGGUGAUCCGGAGCCACCGAAGCAGGUUGUGGGCGGACGGGCGAGCAUCCCGGAAGAACUGGCGCCGCAUCAGCUGGAGAGAUUGCAGAAUCUCAAGGAGAGCAACGCCUAGACUCUUUUAUGCCACUCAUGGGUACGUUCAAAAGACAUCUUAUUUUCCUGGCAUUCUGUGGAAAACCGUGGGCAGCAUUCAUUGUUACUCGUAGUGAAAAUUUCUUAGUGGCAAUAUCAUGAGGAAAAAAAUGUAGAGGAGGAAUUGGGACAAAAAAAAGCAAGAAUAAUUCGUAGAUAAAAUGAGAAAUAAUUAAUUGUAUUCGCUACUCAGAAGGACGCAAAAACAGUGAGGAUGAAAAGUGUCCGUGGAAAACCACUGAAAGAGGCUUUUUGUGACAUCAAGAAUCUAACCAAAGGGAUCAUCGAAAGGAUAUCGUCCAGGGAAAAUCGCGACUCCCCGUCUUUAGAGUCAAUUCACAGGACUCGAAACAUUCAGCAGAACUAAAAAUCUUCUGCAGAUUUCACACGAUUUGAUUCAAAAUUCUUUUGAUUCUUUCAUUUCUCAACGCAAGGACACUUUUGAGCCUCACUGUUGUGGAGUAAAUAUGGGAAAACUCAUGCGUCCUUUGUCAUAGCAUUUAUGCGAGAAUGUUUAUAAUGAUAAGAAAAAGGGCAUCAUUUGAGAAGCAACAUAGGAAAUAAAGAAAAUAUGAUGGUUUUAAGUCCCUUUCUAGAGGCUUCAUUUAUACCAGAGAACCACACAAAAAUGGGAAUUGUAGAGGAUUUAAAAAAGGGAAGCAGAAGAGGAAACAUAGUAAGAGUAUUUCAAUGUCGACUUCUUGUGUUUGCAUUCUAAAAACAAAAAUGAUGGGAGAAUAUUUUUAGCAGAAAAGAAUUCUUGUUGGACGUUUUAUAAUGUCGUUCUCUUUACACAAGAUUAUUGAUAAACAACUGUAUAAUCUCCUGUUGACAAAAGGAGGGUUGAAGGAGAGACAUUUUCGGGUGGAAAUUAUUUAAAUGAUAUUCGUUGAUAUAUAAAACUCAUCAUUAGAGAGUAAAAUAAUAUACCUCACAGAAGGACAAAUGCAAAAGAAAAUCAUAUUAAUUUCAAUUUCAAUGUGACAAAGUGACCCUUUUUCUCUCUCAUUCCUUCUUUUCAUUUCCUUCAUUUUCCCCCCAUAUCGAGAGACGCUUUUCGUUUGGGCUCUAUUUGAAUGUAGUAUUAAAGAAAAAAAAAAACAAGUGACAUUAGCAAAAGUAUUGUAAUUAACAUGAUCAUGAAUUAUAGACUCACUGGAAAGAUAAAAGCAAGGAAGGAAGGGAAGAAAUAUGCAAAAAAAAACUUACUCUAUGCGCUUGACAAAAUAUAUUUCUGUCUAAUAAUCUUAUACAAUUGUAUGAUAAAGAGGAAAAAAAUCUCAUGAGAAGAAAUUCCAUAUAAUCACGUUUUUGAGUUGAUGCGGUGCCUUUUAUCAACCACAAUCUAGUAAUGUUCAAAAUUGACCAUUAAUACUUUCCUUAGCUUCUCUAAAAAAAGAAAUUUCCUAUUUAUCGCCUGUUUUGCCUGCGUUUUCACAUUCUAUGUGCGAGGGUGGAUUUGCAAGAGCGCGCGAAUUACGAAAGGAAUGUCGUUGAGUUUCAGUUGUUCUUUGUUGUUGCUCUCUCUCUCUAUCUCUCUUUAGUUUCUGUCCUGCUAGGACAGCAAGCAAUUAACUGCAUGAUGUUCUGUAAAAAGUUAUACAAUAAGAAUUCUGAAAAUAUAUAUAUGAGGAAAAA